CGUGGCUGACGUUUGUUGCUUUGACUUGUCAAGUUGUCAAUUUUUCUUCCACGAAUGUUCACUGACUCUCAUAUUUUGUAAAAAUUAUAAAAUUAAUACGCAAGAAAUAAUUCAAUCUAUUCUAUUCUAGUGCUAAUUAGGAAAAGCAAUAAAUUAUUAAAAUGGAUCAAAUCGCUAAAUUCGUAGAGCCAGGCAAGCAAUUCGCAAAAGACUCAAUCAGAUUAGUGAGAAGAUGUACAAAACCUGAUAGAAAAGAAUUCCAGAAAAUAGCCAUCGCCACAGCUAUAGGAUUCUGCAUCAUGGGUUUCAUCGGGUUCUUUGUGAAGCUGAUCCACAUCCCCAUCAACAACAUCAUUGUGGGCUCGUAGGCAAGGCUAGUUUAGCUAUAGUUAACUUGCACCACAGUUUAGCUACUAUACAGUUGAGAGGAUUUUGUGUAACUUGGAUAUGUGGGUUCUUAUUUUGGGGAUGGGGCAGUGCAGGUUCUAAGGCCCCUGUAUCACAUUGACUGUUGCCAAGCUAUUGUGAUUGCACCAUUUUAUACUAGGACAUGUGGGUUGGCAUAAUGGUUCAUUUUCAUUAUUUGGUUUGACCAAAAGAGAUAUUUACAGUUACAGCAAGUCUCGAAUAAAAGAUUGAAAAUGCAGUUUAUUUAUGUUAACACAUCCUGUCACCCAGUACCUUUUUUUUACUAUUAUGACAAGACCGAAAAUAUAUUUAUAACAUGAUCGCACAAUGUAUGUUGAGUUGAAUCAAAAAGUAGUAAUUUCUAUGAUCAAAAGUAUUACGAAAUUUAACACCAAUUUACGAAUAUUAACUCAACUGAAGAUGGAGCCUGAAUGGGUUUUAGGAUACAGUAUAUAAUGUUGGUUUAUUUUAGUUUCUAAACUGUAUGAUAGCUAAAUUGUGGUUUCUGUAUAUUAUGUAAGCUCUCCGGUGUUGUUUGGUGUUAAAUUAAUUCUCAUCAUAUUGUCGAUCUAUCAUACAUUUUAUUAGAAUAAAUUAUUUCAUUUU